UCGGCAUCCCUCUAUUUGUCAACUCGACAUCUGUCUAUUUGUCAACUCGACAUUUCUCUAUUUGUCAACUCGGCAUCUCUCUAUUUGUCAACUCGGCAUCCCUAUAUUUGUCAACUCGACAUCUGUCUAUUUGUCAGCUCAGCAUCUGUCUAUUUGUCAGCUCAGCAUCUCUCUAUUUGUCAACUCGGCAUCUCUCUAUUUGUCAACUCGGCAUCUCUCUAUUUGUCAACUCGGCAUUCCUCUAUUUGUCAACUCGACAUCCCUCUAUUUGUCAACUUGGCAUCCCUAUAUUUGUCAACUUGGCAUCCCUCUAUUUGUCAACUCGGCAUCUCUCUAUUUGUCAACUCGGCUUCUCUCUAUUUGUCAACUCGGCAUUCCUCUAUUUGUCAACUCGGCAUCUCUCUAUUUGUCAACUCGGCAUUUCUCUAUUUGUCAACUCGGUAUUCCUCUAUUUGUCAGCUCAGCAUCUCUCUAUUUGUCAACUCGGCAUCUCUCUAUUUGUCAACUCGGCAUCUCUCUAUUUGUCAACUCGGCAUUCCUCUAUUUGUCAACUCGGCAUCUCUAUAUUUGUCAACUCGGCAUCCCUAUAUUUGUCAACUCGACAUCCCUAUAUUUGUCAAUUCGACAUCUGUCUAUUUGUCAGCUCAUCAUCUGUCUAUUUGUCAACUCGACAUCUGUCUAUUUGUC